AGUAACUACUGGCAGAUCCGAUGCGCUCGUGCUCCCCUAACCUCAAUCUGCCCAGUGCCUACAUACCUACAUGUAGUACAUACUGCGUACAAUUCCACAUGCUUCAAGAUUUCCUGUCGGUUUUAGACACAUAAGUGCGCCGCCAUUCCUUUGUACCGAAAGUGCUUACCGUAGGUAUUGUACGUAAGUUAGUAUAUUCCGGGCGGCGGGUAUGUACAUGUAUUCUCCGGUUGGUCGGGUUGCAUGUGAAAGUCUCUUAUCACCCGCAAGACGCCGUGUUGAUAGGCAAGCAAGUGGGUGUAUAAAUGGGUCUUGUGAAGGUUCAAGCUUGGGAAGAUUCAAACUUUCUUCCAAGCUAAGCUCAAACUCGUUCCUUACGUCCUAUUUGACGAGGCAACUCCCCCCCUACAUACAUUUAAUGUGUACUAUGUAGUACGACUCCUUAUGAAUUCAAUGUUUUCAUAUAUGUAACAACGUUGAAAUCCUUACAGCACUGAGGCUCGUACAGAUUUGUAUUAUUCGACUUCCUUGAAAAAUAAACAUGCCGAUGAAAUAACAAGAAUUACCAACGAAAUGAUGAAAGGAAACAUAAUAGACAUCAUGUUGGAGCAAGAUAUGUCUAUAGUCGUAUUCAAUCUUCUACCGUCGUCAGUCCAGUCCCGAUUACCGGCCUUCCAGUCACUUCGUCGAUCCACCCGUCUUUCCAUCUUGUCUCGCCGUCGCUCCGUCUCACCACAAAAGGGGCCAGCAGAACAGGUAAUGAUUUCAAGAACAGAUGAAGAUUCCGUCGUCAGUUUGCAGACAGGCUCGGAAGUGCCAGUAGCAACAGACGCCCCGAGCACUCAUAAUGAAAACGUUCGCUUAAAGCCAGUUGUCCCCGGUGGGAAUGCAGACGCCGGCGUCAAGUGGAGAUACGCUGCGCAAGGGUCAUAUCUGCAACAAUCUGCCUCCCAGGAAACAACAGAUUUGGCCUUCGCGAGAAAGUCAUUUAUUGACGGUGUAGCAUACAUGCUCAAGGCCCUCCCGGACGACAUGGACGAUUACGAGGCUAGCGUGAUUCGGCGAGCGUUGCCGAUGCCCUGCGUGCAGGUAGACGGAGAUGGUCGGAUUGCGGCUGGCUCCGGUGGACUCGGAUGGCAGCCGUCCGAUAGAGCGAAGACGUUUGUGCAUAGCACCGUUCAAGGUUGCGUCGCGAGCCUUGUAUUCUUUGCCUACAUCUUUCUUUCCUUCCUGGCGGUUGUCAUCCGUACCGGAGCGUACUUCGAGCGGCAAUAUAACAUCUCGGAGCAUCUUAUCUCAAAUAGCUACCUUUUUGCUACAACUGUCGGGAAACACAGCGGCGCACUGGGUGAAAAGAUUCAUACUAUAAGUGAAGGGAAGCUCGGCAAAACUCUUGUUGAACUCACUGCUUGGACUGUAGAGAACGUUAGCCGAGGAGUUCAGGAUGGCAUUGGACAGGGUCUACUUUUGAUUCAGCAAAGGCAGAAUAAAUGAGGGAUGAUACAAUGAUCUCCUACAUUCACUGCUAACUUAAUACGGGCGGAGGGAUAGAAGGUAUAGAAAAACAAUAGGGUUACAUCAUCGCAUUUACAUAGGCGCAUUGAAAUUCUGAGAGUGGAAUUGGGCUAUUGGAAGACGAUUUAUGAGGGGAUUUACGGAUUUAUUGCUCAAUGAUAUCUUACGUAUCUAAUCCGGAGCUACUGGGUAC